UCACUGGCAGCAAGCGAACGAGCGAGCGAGCGGCGCGGAGCGGCUUCAUCUCCCCUAGCAAGCCAUCCAGCUAGACCUGUUGCUGCCUCCGCCUGCAACCGACCGACCGGCCAACCUUUCCUCCGCUCUUGCCGAGAUGUCCCCGCGAUAGCAGCCUGCGAAGCCCCGAGUGAUUAGUAUUCGCCCUCAGUGAGUGUUUCUGAAUUCGCGCUGCUGCCCCUUUCGGACGGACGAGUCCAGCAGUGGCACCAGUUCGCAGUGUUUGUCACAAGCACCAGCAGCAUCAUGAAUGACAAGAAAAGGAAACGCCGCUUGCGUUUCCAGUUGCCGCCUAAUCACAGGGGGUCGGACUCCCCGACCCACAGCAUAAAAAUGGAACCCGAAGAUGAGGCCUGCGUGCCCGCGGAAAAGUCCAUGCAGAAGGUGCCCUCGCUCAGUGACCUCAGCGACCAAGAGAGCUCCCUCGACAUCCCAACUCAGGUGCCCCCGUUGACACCGGGCACCAACAAAAAGAUGACAGAGGCCCUGAAGGCGUCGUUCGCUUCUUGGGAAAAGGAGCAGGUCCACUUGAUGAUUCCAAAGGAUCCGCGGCUGUGGACCGAAGCCCAAGUGUCCCAGUGGCUGCACUGGGCCACCAGAGAGUUCUCCCUCGAAGGCAUGGGCUUGCAGCAGUUUAACAUGCGUGGCCGCGACAUUUGCAGCAUGGGCAAAGAGGCGUUUCUCGGUCGGGCGCCACCUUUCAUGGGUGAUAUCCUUUGGGAACACUUGGAGAUUCUCCAAAAAGAUGUCGAAAGGGACCGAAUCAUCUCGAUGGAGCCCACUUUCGAGUCCUGCGUGCCUGAUCUCACAGACAUACUCCCCCAAUACACUUCCUUGGGUCAUGAGCCCCUCAAGGCCAUCCACAUAAUGGGGAGCGCUCCGUCGGCGCCCUCGGGCUCCGUCGGCGGCGGCACCCCACCGCCCCACCCCACGCCCAACGGCCCCAUGAGCGCGGCUUCCUCGUCCGGCUCUGGAAGAGGCCUCCACAGUUCACCCUCCUCGUACCUGGCCUCAGAAACAGGUGGUUACGGCGGUCUCCUCAGGUCGCCGGCGCAGAUGCGAGCGGAGCAGGACGCCUCGAGUCCUCCACCGCCGAGCGGGGCGCCGCCUCCGCCGUCGUCUCAGCCGUACCUCCACCUCAGGAACACCCUGUACCACAUGAAAGAAGAGACGGACCGUGAGGGAAGCUACACAAGCUCUCAGCUGGAGGCCCUUCCGUCGCCGCAGCACCUGGCUGACCUGGGCGCCGGCCACGAGGAGGGCUACGUGCCCCAGUACCACGACACAGACGCCGAGUACCACCCGAUGGAGCACCCUGUUCAACACACCGCCUUCCACCACCCAAUAGACAACUCGCCAGAGUUCUACCCAAGCGCGCAACCGCCGGCUCUGCUCGAGCAGAAGUUUUCUCAGCCGUUCAAGUCCUACAGCCGCACAAUUCUGAAUUUGACGACCUUUGAUCUCAGUUUCUCAGGCCGAUACGGUCCCGUGCACGACCAGUACGCUGCUGAGGCCUACUCCAGCCAGUACGACAACGGCUCUCAAUUCCACACGGUGCCCGGCAGCGAGCACUGGUCUCAGCAGGAGGCGCACUCGCCAUUCAUGAUGCACCACCCCCCACCCCUAGGGGUGGAGAACAAGCCGCCGCCUGCGCUCCAGAUGAUGUCGCAGCACAUCACGGCCACACCAGUUAAAUAUCUUCUUGAAACCGAGUCAAAAAAGAAAUGCAUGCCACUCGCACGCGAGACGCGUGCUAACGGACCAGGACCCUGUUUCACUGGCUCAGGACCAAUUCAACUGUGGCAAUUCCUGCUUGAGCUGUUGACGGACAAAAACUGCCAGGCCUUCAUUUCGUGGACAGGCGACGGCUGGGAGUUCAAGCUGACCGACCCAGACGAGGUGGCCCGGCGGUGGGGCGUGCGCAAGAACAAACCAAAAAUGAACUAUGAGAAGCUGAGCCGUGGCCUCCGCUACUACUAUGACAAAAACAUCAUACACAAGACUGCCGGCAAGCGCUACGUCUACCGAUUUGUUUGCGAUCUCCAGAACUUGUUGGGGUACACACCAGAAGAGCUUCACCAAAUGGUGGAUGUCAAACCGUCUGACAAGGAUAAAGACGACUAAGAUACGCGGAAAGUGUGUGUGACAGUGCCUUUGUGUACAUAAUAAUUAUUUAAAAAAGCGGAAGCUGCAGAAAAAAAGAAUAAUAUGCUGUCUGCAAUCAGCGAGCCCUUUCUCUGUCUCUCUACAAGAUUAAAAACUUUUGUGAUCAAGGGACAGCUUUUGUUACAACUUAAAUCUUCAAUCCAAGAGAAGCAAACUUUUAAAUAGUCCUCGUUGUAAAGAAAUCGUAUUGAAAUCUGCGAGCAUAUUGAGACGGCGUGCGUGUUGAGCGUUCCAAAAUUAAUUCUACCUGACGAUGAACAACAGUUGAGAAGAAGAAAAAUCAGUGUGCUGCAGAGCUUGUGAAUACAAAUGGAAUUUGUUAAUUUUUUAUGUUUUAGUGAGUAACUCUUGACGCUCGAAUUUUUGGAGUUCGAGAAAAUAAAUAUUUGAAUAAAAUAACUAUGAAAAAAGAA